UCUGCGCUAGUCUCCCCUGCGCGCUGAGGGGCUGUAGCUGGAGCGGUUGGGAGCCGGGCUUCGGCAGGCAGGGCGCGCGCGCGGGUGGAUGGAUUUCAACAUGAAGAAACUGGCCUCGGACGCGGGGGUCUUCUUCAGCCGGGCCGUGCAGUUCACUGAGGAGAAGCUGGGCCAGGCUGAGAAGACUGAACUAGAUGCCCAUUUUGAAAACCUUCUGGCCAAGGCAGACUGCACCAAGAACUGGACUGAGAAGAUCUUGCAUCAGACUGAGGUCUUGCUGCAGCCAAACCCUAGUGUCAGAGUGGAAGAAUUCCUCUAUGAGAAACUAGACCGGAAGGUGCCAUCUCGUGUCACCAAUGGGGAGCUGCUGGCCCAGUACAUGGUGGAGGCAGCCAACGACUUUGGGCCAGGGACUCCAUAUGGGAAGACCCUACUCAAAGUUGGAGAGACCCAAAAGCGCCUUGGGGGAGCCGAACGUGAUUUCAUGCACUCUGCCUCCAUCAACUUCCUGAAUCCUCUGCGCAACUUCCUGGAAGGGGACUGGCGAACUAUUACUAAAGAAAGGAGGAUCCUGGAGAACCGCCGUCUGGAUCUGGAUGCCUGCAAGGCCAGAUUGAAGAAAGCCAAGGCUGCUGAGGCAAAAGCAUCGGCUGUGCCUGACUUUCAGGAGACUAGACCUCGUAAUUACAUUCUCUCCGCCAGCGCAUCAGCGCUCUGGAGCGACGAGGUGGAAAAAGCAGAACAUGAGCUCCGGGUGGCUCAGACCGAGUUUGAUCGGCAGGCGGAAUUGACACGCCUCCUGCUGGAGGGGAUCAGCAGCACACAUGUGAAUCACCUUCGCUGUCUCCACGAGUUUGUAGAAUCUCAGGCCACCUACUACGCUCAGGGCUACCAGUACAUGCUGGACCUGCAGAAGCAGCUGGGCAGCUCCAAAGGAGAAAUAUUUCCAGGUACAUUUGUGGGCAAUGCAGAGUCCACAUCGCCUCCCCCAGCUACCACCUCUCCCACCACUGUUGCUGCCACAAUUCCUGUUGUGCCCACUGUAGGCAGGGCACCUAACUCUGCCACAGCUGUUGAGGGGGCACUGAACCUGAAGGAUGUCAAGCCUCCAGCCAGCGGGACCCGGAAGGCCAGAGUUCUCUAUGAUUAUGAAGCGGCUGACAGCAGCGAGCUGGCGCUAUUAGCAGAUGAGAUGAUCACAGUGUACAGCCUGCCAGGGAUGGAUCCAGACUGGCUCAUAGGCGAGAGGGGCAACCAGAAGGGCAAAGUUCCUGUCACCUACUUAGAACUGCUCAGUUAAAUGCUGCUGGGAAGGAGAAUCUACAAGCAAAAUGCAACCCUCCAUGUCCUGGCAUUUUUAAUGCCAAUUCCUUCAUGAGACCAUUGCUCUCUUCGGGUCAACUCACUCACAACUAAACUGGGAAUUGGGAGGAGGUGACUAGGCUGAUGGUGGGUGGGGAAGGAAGGGUCACUUCACCUUUCAAGGCCCCUGGAGCUGAAUUCAUUAACUGUCCAAAUAGCCUGCUUUGAGGGUUAGUUGUAAGGGUCAUGUGGCGUGUUGGGGUUCCCUCUACUGAUCCCUUUUCCCCUGCUUGUGUUAACUGUGGUGGCUUUCCAGGAACCAGCCCUGUCUCUUCCUCAACAGCUGCUCGUGGUGUGAGACCAAAUGGAUUUUCUUUCUCUUCUCAGAGGCUCUUUACCAGGGUACUCUUGCUUGGGCCACAUCAUUGUAUGCAUUCCAGUGGGGGUAAAGGCGCUGGGUCUCUUUCCAAAAUGCUAACACUGGCAUGUUCUAACAAUAGAGGCCAAGGCCAUGAGAAGCUGUAUGGAAUAUAGCUGUAUUUGGAUAGCAUGUCUCUGUAAAAAUGCAAUUCCCCAUGCACAGCACUCCUUUGCCCACAGAGGAACAAAGCAGGGCUACUAUAAUGGUGCUUAGUGGCUGCUGCCUGGCACAGAAUGGCUUGUUAAACUUUCUUCCAGUUUCACUAAUCUAAUGACCCAAGGCCAGUACUGAAAGAACAAACCACCUUUCAGUGCAAGGGAACGUGCAUCUUGCUUGCAUUUCCUCCAAGCAAUGGGGCAUGGACUGAGUUUACAAGCCUUUAAAAAAGCUUUUGCUCCCUGUUGUUGUCCAGGCUCACUACUCUUUCUUAGUGUUUUUUGUGGGGGGGUGGGGUUUAUUCUGCUAGUCUGUUUUAACAAUCAGAUUAACUUAAAUGCUCUCUUGUCCCAUCCAGCUGGUAGUGAACAGACUUGGUGCAUUCUAGCACAGCAUGUGGGAUGGGUUCACAAUGAGCCUCUUACUACUUCAUAGGCCAAGCAGCUGUUGUUUGGUUCUGCUUUCUCAUCCCUCCUUUCAUUUUGCUGUCCCAUGUGCCCUUGUAACUUAAACCAUCACAAAUACUGAGGAGGCGAAUGGAUGAAGUAGUAAAGACACCUUGGUCUGAAACCUCUUCCCUAGGAGGUGACGUGCUCAACAGCUAAGGGAUUUAGAUGGCAAAAUGAAAUUGCUUUGGCAGCUCAAACCAUCUAGAAGCAUUCAACUGCACCAAGAUCUUUGUUCACUACCACUCCCCUGGUGUGUCUAGACAGACACUGACUUGCUUGUUUAUCCACUGAUCUUUUGCACUCUGCCUUGACUGCUUUGUGACCAUCCUAAUGUAAUAGGGCACAGAGCACCUGUGUAUAUAGGGCUCUUGGUUUUUAGCAUUUAUUUGCCAAUAAACAACCAGUCUGCCCUCCUGUCUCAGUAUCUUGUGUGGGUUCCAUGCCACUUCACUUUCCAGCUAGCAGUGAACAGUACAAAGUAGAGUAAUGUAAUUUAAGACCUGUGCAUUACUGUUACUCAGAUGUGUUGCAAGAAGUCUGAGCUUAAAGACUCUGAAUCCUCUAGGGCAUGUCUCCUUUCUAUCUCCCACCCUAUUAGCUUAAACUAAAGUUCAGUGUGGAGCUUUCCAGAUGUGCUAGUGCUGUUUUAAUGUCUGCUUGUGGAAGUAAGCUAUGACCUUAAUAGCAUUCGGUUCUGCAUGCUGCUCUUGAACUGUAGGGUUUGGAGAAGGCAUAGUCUGGUA